AUGCUGAGCCGAUUGAUGAGUGGCAGCAUCAGGAGUCUAGACAGGGAAUGCAACUGCACUGUGAGACUGCUGGACGACUCGGAGUACACCUGCACCAUUCAGCGGGAUGCCAAGGGACAGUACCUGUUUGACCUCAUCUGCCACCACCUCAACCUGCUGGAGAAAGACUACUUUGGCAUCAGAUAUGUUGAUCCAGACAAGCAGAGGCACUGGUUGGAGUUUACAAAGUCAAUUGCCAAACAAAUGAAAUCCCAGCCUCCAUUCACCAUGUGUUUACGUGUUAAGUUUUACCCACCUGACCCUGCAGCCCUGAAAGAAGAAAUCACCAGAUAUCUCGUCUUCCUCCAGAUCAAGAGGGAUCUGUACCAUGGCCGUCUCCUGUGCAAGACAUCUGAUGCUGCUUUGUUGGCUGCCUACAUACUACAAGCUGAGAUCGGAGACUACGACCCUGGGAAACACCCGGAGGGCUACAGCUCCAAGUUCCAGUUCUUCCCCAAACACUCAGAGCGUCUGGAGCGCCGGAUCGCUGAAAUCCACAAGACUGAGCUGAUAGGUCAGAGUCCUGAGACGUCAGAGCUAAACUUCCUUCAAAAGGCUCAGAUGUUGGAGACAUAUGGAGUAGACCCCCAUCCAUGCAAGGAUGUGUCUGGCAACCCAGCCUUUUUGGCCUUUACUCCAUUUGGGUUCACUGUGCUCCAAGGAAACAGGAGGAUUCAUUUCCUCAAGUGGGAUGAGGUGACGAAGCUAAAGUUUGAAGCGAAGACAUUCCAUAUAUAUGCAAAUCAGAAGGAGGAUAAGAAGAUCAUAUUGACAUACUUUGCACCUACACCCGAAGCCUGUAAGCAUUUGUGGAAGUGUGGGGUUGAGAAUCAGGCCUUCUACAAGUUGGAGAAGUCAAGUCAGGUUCGCACUGUGUCUAGUAGUAAUCUCUUCUUCAAGGGUAGCCGCUUCAGAUAUAGUGGGCGAGUUGCAAAAGAAGUAAUGGAACAAAGUGCCAAAAUUAAACGAGACCCCCCUGAGAUUCACAGGGCUGGCCUGGUGCCCAGUCGGAGCUGUCCAUCCAUCACCCACGGCCCUCGUUUAACCAGCGUGCCCAGGACCCGCCGGAGAGCAGUGCACAUCUCCAUCAUGGAGGGUCUGGAGUCCCUUCGAGACAGUGCCCACUCCACGCCUGUGCGCUCCGUCUCCCAUGGAGACUCCUUCAUGCCGCGCUCUCGCGGCCAGAUGGUGGACGGCAGCGAGGCAGGCACAUCAGCGAUCAUCUCUGACGAAGCCUACAGCCCCUCAGACAGCGUGCUGCCCACACCCGUGGCCGAACACGGCAUGGAGAUGGCAGUGGCGCGCCACCUCAAUGGAGCUCCCCGCAGUAUAGAGGAGGAGAAGGAGUUGGAGGCAGGGACAGCACCGGAAAGGCAGGCGGCAGAGUUCGGCCCUGGCAGAAAGGCAUUACGGAUGGGCAAAGGCCAGUCCUCUCCUCCUAGUGAUGUGGAGGAGCUGAACAAGUUCAUCCUGAGUGUGUUACGCCUGUUCCUGGUCACCAUAGGACUGCUGUUUGUCUUGCUGCUGCUCCUCAUCAUACUGACUGAGUCGGAUCUGGAAAUAGCCUUCCUGAGGGACAUCCGCAAAACACCCGAGUUUCAGCAGUUCCACUUUGAGUACUUCUGCCCUCUGCGGCGCUGGUUUGCCUGCAAGUUGCGCUGGAUGGGGGGUCUACUCAUCAGCAACUGA